AUGCAGUCCCGGCUCCUGCUCCUCGGCGCGCCCGGCGGCCCCGGCGGCCCGGCGGCGCGGCGCGUGCGGCUGCUCCUGCGGCAGGUGGUGCGGGGCAGGCCCGGCGGCGCCGGGCGGGCGGAGGUCCGACUGCUGCAGGCCGGGGCGGGGGCCGACACAGGUGAAACAGUUAAUAUUGGAGAUGUAUCCUACAAGUUGAAAACUCCUAAGAGCCCAGAACUCGUGCCACAGAACUACAUUUCAGACUCUGUGGUUCAAUCUGUAAUUCAGCAUCUAAAAUGGAUGAUGCAGAAGGAUCUUUUAGGGCAAGAUGUCUUUCUAAUAGGACCUCCUGGGCCUCUUCGACGGUCUAUUGCUAUGCAGUACCUGGAGCUGACCAAACGGGAAGUCGAAUACAUUGCCCUGUCAAGGGACACCACUGAAAGCGAUCUCAAACAGCGUCGAGAGAUCCGAGCAGGGACGGCUUUUUACAUUGAUCAGUGUGCAGUCCGUGCAGCCACAGAAGGCAGAACCCUUAUUUUGGAAGGCUUGGAAAAGGCGGAGAGGAAUGUUCUACCCGUUUUGAACAACUUGCUGGAAAAUAGGGAAAUGCAGCUUGAAGAUGGACGUUUCCUCAUGUCUUCAGAGCGUUAUGACAAGCUUCUCCAAGAUCAUACCAAAACAGAGUUGGAUGCUUGGAAGAUUGUUCGGGUUAGUGAAAACUUCCGAGUCAUUGCCUUGGGCUUGCCAGUGCCUAAGUACUCUGGGAAUCCAUUAGAUCCCCCUCUCCGUUCUCGAUUUCAGGCCAGAGAUAUUUAUUAUCUGCCCUUUAAGGACCAACUUAAACUGUUAUAUUCAGUUGGAGCCAGUGUCUCUGCUGAGAAAAUUUCUCAGCUCCUGUCCUUUGCCACCACUCUUUGUUCCCAAGAAUCUUCUACUCUUGGACUUCCAGAUUUUCCUUUAGAUAGUUUACCAGCUGCAGUUCAAAUCCUGGAUUCUUUUCCUAUGAUGUCAAUCAAACAUGCAAUCCAGUGGCUUUACCCGUACACUAUUUUACUGGGACAUGAAGGGAAGAUGGCUGUGGAAGGUGUUUUAAAACGCUUUGAACUCCAAGAUUCAGAUAGCUCUAUGCUUCCUAAAGAGGUGGUGAGAGUGGAGAGGCUGGUGGACAGCCCUGCCCCCCAAGCUGCGGUGACUGUCCGGAUUGCAGAAAAAGAGGUGACCAUUCAGGUGCCAGCUGGGACCAGGCCAAUAAAUCAACCUUGUGCAUCAGACCAUUUUAUACAGACUUUAAGCCAUAAACAACUAUUGGCUGAAAUGAUGCAGUCUCACAUGGUUAAGGACAUAUGUUUAAUUGGAGGAAAAGGUUGUGGAAAAACAGUCAUUGCUAAGAACUUUGCAGAUAACUUAGGAUACAACAUAGAACCCAUCAUGCUCUAUCAGGAUAUGACAGCACGUGACCUGCUCCAGCAGAGAUACACUCUUCCCAAUGGAGAUACUGCUUGGCGGUCCUCACCCCUUGUGAAUGCUGCCCUGGAAGGAAAGUUGGUCCUCUUGGAUGGCAUUCACCGGGUCAACGCGGGCACGCUUGCUGUAUUGCAAAGGUUGAUCCACGAUCGGGAGCUAAGCCUCUAUGAUGGCUCCAGGCUGCUGAGAGAAGACAGGUACAUGCGUUUAAAGGAAGAGCUGCAACUGUCUGACGAGCAGCUACAGAAGAGAUCCAUUUUUCCUGUCCACCCCUCCUUCAGAAUCAUUGCCUUGGCAGAGCCUCCUGUUAUUGGAAGCACAACACAGCAGUGGUUGGGACCAGAAUUCUUAACCAUGUUCUUGUUCCAUUAUAUGAAACCACUUGUCAAAAGUGAAGAAAUUCAAGUGAUUAAGGAAAUGGUCCCAAAUAUACCUCAGGAAGCUUUGGACAGAUUGUUAUCAUUUACACACAAACUCAGAGAGACACAGGAUCCCACGGCACAGUCACUGGCAGCAUCACUUUCCACCAGACAGCUGUUGCGGAUUUCUCGUCGAUUAUCACAGUACCCGAAUGAAAAUCUUCACAGUGCAGUUACUAAAGCCUGCCUUUCCAGGUUCUUACCAAGCCUUGCGAGGUCAGCAUUAGAAAAAAACUUGGCAGAUGCUGAAAUAGAAAUAAGUACGGAUAAUCAUCAGGAACCAGAACUGGAGAAUUACAAAUGUGAAAUAGCAUCUGGAAAUCUGAGGAUUGGAGCCAUUAGUGCACCGAUCUAUAAUACCCAUGAGAAAAUGAAAGUGCCUGAUGUUCUGUUCUAUGACAACCUUCAGCACAUGAUAGUGAUGGAAGACAUGCUGAAAGACUUUCUUCUUGGAGAACACCUAUUAUUGGUUGGUAAUCAGGGUGUAGGAAAAAACAAGAUUGUUGACAGAUUCCUUCACCUGCUCAACAGGCCCCGAGAAUACAUCCAGCUGCACAGGGACACCACAGUACAAACCCUUACUCUUCAGCCUUCUGUUAAAGAUGGACUAAUUGUAUAUGAAGACUCACCUUUGGUUAAAGCAGUAAAGUUGGGUCAUGUUCUGGUGGUAGAUGAGGCAGACAAAGCCCCAACAAAUGUCACCUGUAUUUUAAAAACUCUAGUAGAAAAUGGAGAAAUGAUUCUAGCAGAUGGAAGACGCAUUGUUGCAAAUUCUGCUAAUGUCAAUGGAAGAGAAAACGUUAUUGUGAUUCAUCCUGAUUUUAGAAUGAUUGUCUUGGCCAACAGACCUGGAUUUCCUUUCUUAGGCAAUGAUUUCUUCGGUACUUUAGGUGAUAUUUUUAGCUGCCAUGCAGUUGAUAAUCCCAAACCCCAUUCAGAGCUCGAAAUGCUCAGGCAAUAUGGACCAAAUGUGCCCAAGCCCAUCCUUGAGAAGCUUGUAGCUGCCUUUGGAGAGCUGAGGAGUUUAGCUGACCAGGGCAUUAUUAACUAUCCUUAUUCUACCAGAGAAGUUGUCAACAUAGUGAAGCAUUUACAGAAAUUUCCCACUGAAGGUCUCUCCAGUGUGGUUAGGAAUGUGUUUGACUUUGAUUCGUACAACAACGACAUGAGAGAGAUUUUGAUUAACACUUUGCACAAAUAUGGGAUACCUAUCGGAGCAAAACCAACUAGUGUGCAGCUGGCAAAGGAGUUGCCUCUGCCAGAGCAGACGUUCAUGGGCUACUGGACAAUUGGUCAGUCAAGAAAUGGAAUACAAAAACUGUUGUGUCCAACAGAAACUCACCAUAUAGACAUAAAGGGUCCAGCACUUAUAAACAUACAGGAGUAUCCAAUAGAAAGAUAUGAAGAAAGAUCCCAAACCUUUACUGAAGAAUGUGCCUCCUGGAAGUUACCAUUGGAUGAAAUUAACUUAAUCUGUGACAUUGCUACAUCAAGUGAAAACGAGGAAAAUACCCUCUACGUAGUUGCAUGCAAUCCCAUCACCUUAUACUUUAUGAAUAUGGCUGGGAAAAGUGGCUACUUGGUGGACUUUUCUGACAUAUUCCCAAGAACAGCCGGUAGAGUUUGGCACCCAUUUGUGACAGUGGCACCUCUAGGAAAUCCCCUCAAGGAUCAAGUGAUUCUCCAUGAGCAGCAGAGUAAUGUUAUCCUAUUAUUGGAUACCACUGGCCAAGCACUUCGACGUCUCAUCCUCCCUUCAGAAGAGGUUCCAUCUAAGAAACCUUCCUGGUGGAGUAAGGAGGACACGGAAACUUAUAAAAUGUGUAAAGAAUUUUCGCACAAAAACUGGCUAGUAUUCUACAAAGAAAAUGGGAACAACCUGACUGUGCUGGAUGUUCUAGAAGGUCGAACUCACACCAUCUCACUUCCCAUCAACCUGAAGACAGUUUUUCUUGUAGCAGAGGACAAGUGGCUUCUGGUAGAGGACAAAACAAAUCAGAAAUAUCUUUUAACUAAGCCUGCACACAUUGAAUCUGAGGAUAGUGGGGUUUGCCAGUUGUACAUGUUGAAAGAAGAACCACCUAGCUCAGGAUUUGGAGUUAUACAAGAAACAGAUCUCAGCAUACCUCAUAAAAUUUCAAGUGAUCAGCUAUCAUCUGAAAAUCUAAGUUCAGCUGUGGGACAGAAAAUUGCAUCUCCUAACCGAAUUCUCUCAGAUAAGAAUAGUUAUGCUACAGUUGUUAUUGGCUUCCCAGAUCUUAUGUCACCCAGUGAAGUCUAUUCUUGGAAAAGGCCAUCAUCCUUGCAUAAACCAAGUGUCACUGAUACAACAUUCUAUGGAGGAAAAAAGAAAAGUGAAACUCCAAAACAAAGCAAUUGUGUGACUCUUUUAGAUACUAACCAGAUCGUCAGGAUUCUGCCCCCAGGAGAAGUCCCUCUAAAAGAUAUCUACCCAAAAGAUGUUACCCCUCCACAAACAGCUGGUUAUAUAGAAAUCACUGACCUUCAAUCAAAGACACUCCGGUAUAUCCCUAUUCCCAGGUCAGAAUCUCUCUCGCCGUAUACCACAUGGCUAUCUACUAUUUCAGACACAGAUGCCCUUCUAGCUGAGUGGGACAAAGGCGGUGUUGUUACUGUUGACAUGGGAGGUCACAUCAGGCUUUGGGAAACUGGACUUGAACAUCUGCAGCGAUCGCUCAUGGAAUGGAGAAACAUGAUCGGACAAGGUGACAGACAGAUGCAGAUCACGAUCCACAGAGACAGUGGCAAAGAUGUGAGUUCCCCCAAACACGGGAAGGAGGACCCGGACAACAUGCCCCAUGUGGGCGGCAAUACUUGGGCUGGCGGAACAGGAGGAAGAGACACCGCAGGGCUAGGUGGCAAAGGAGGUCCCUACCGGCUGGACGCAGGCCAUACCGUGUACCAGGUGUCCGAGGCUGAGAAGGACGCAGUUCCCGAGGAGGUCAAGAGAGCCGCCAGAGAGAUGGGCCAGAAAGCAUUUCAGCAGCGGUUAAAGGAGAUCCAGAUGAGUGAAUAUGAUGCCACAACAUAUGAAAGGUUCUCAGGGGCUGUUCGACGGCAGGUGCACUCCCUUCGAGUCAUCCUGGAUAAUUUACAGGCUAAAGGUAAAGAAAGACAGUGGCUAAGACACCAAGCUACAGGGGAACUGGAUGAUGCCAAGAUCAUUGAGGGGCUGACUGGAGAAAAAGCCAUCUACAAACGCCGGGGUGAGCUGGAGCCACAGCUGGGCAGCCCCCAACAGAAACCCAAGCGCCUGCGCCUGGUGGUAGAUGUAUCUGGCAGCAUGUACCGCUUUAACGGGGUGGAUGGCCGGCUGGAGCGCUCAAUGGAGGCCGUGUGUAUGGUCAUGGAAGCCUUCGAGAACUACGAGGAGAAGUUCAAGUAUGACAUCGUUGGACACUCUGGAGAUGGCUACAACAUUGGUCUAGUUCCACUUAACAAAAUCCCCAAGGACAAUAAGCAAAGACUAGAAAUCCUGAAGACCAUGCAUGCCCAUGCUCAAUUCUGCAUGAGUGGGGACCACACGCUAGAGGGAACAGAACAUGCCAUCAAGGAAAUAGUCAAAGAAGAAGCUGACGAGUACUUUGUCAUCGUCUUAAGUGAUGCAAACCUGUCACGAUACGGAAUACAUCCUGCCAAGUUUGCCCAAAUCCUGACAAGCAACCCUCAAGUAAAUGCUUUUGCCAUUUUCAUUGGCUCUUUAGGUGAUCAAGCAACCAGGCUUCAGAGAACUCUACCAGCUGGCCGCUCUUUCGUCGCCAUGGAUACCAAGGACAUCCCUCAGAUUUUACAACAGAUCUUCACCUCCACCAUGUUGUCCACUGUUUAAGACGCGCCCUUCAUCCCCCCUGAUGACCCUGGGAUUUGAAACAAGAUGGGAGUAAGGCAUGCUGUGAAGACAGGAAGGCAUCUGUAAAGUGAACCUGUGCAAUGACUGGAUAAUUCUGGCAUUCUGGCUCUUCUUGUGCUUGCUUCAGGAGUCAGAAUUGAGGAAAGCAGCGGGAGAGGAGCUUGUGCAUGGAAAUCUACCACCACUGACGGGGUUCACAGGGAAACGGGUUGCCCUGCAUUUUAUAAAAGGUGUCAGGGUUCAUGGAAGACGGUUUGAGAACUGUGGUGCUUGGUUUGUACCCAGAAAGCUCAGGGAAAGAGAAUUCCUUGCUUUUGCCUUAAAAGAACAUCUGGUCACCUGAGGGAACAGGAGUCAUUCUCAUACCAUUUUCUGCCAUCGAGAUACAAGUCUGUGUAAACUUGCCCCACCAGGAAUCAUUAUUUUCUCCUCCACCCUCCAUCGCCCAGCAAACAAUGAUUUUAUAGUAUUAAACCCACUGAAAAGCCGCCCAGCAGCAGUAUUUUAUAAAAGGUCAGAUCUUAUUUUUCAAUAAUUCCAUUUUCUUGGCCAAAGCUAAAAAGGAAUCAAAAGAUCCCUGCAUUGCUUCCUUCCCCACUCGACUGUUUAAAGACUUUAAAUAAUGAAGAGUGACCGUCCUAUUUCUGUGCUGUCAGCGUGGAAGGAUAAAGGAUGUCUUGCCUUGAAUUUCCUGUGUCUUCUUGUUCGUCCAGCACUUCUCACAAGUGUCACGUAUUUUGGUGUCCAAAAUGUAAGGCUCGAAAUAACAAACGCUUAUGGUUUUACUUAAAGCAAAGUGAAAGCAAGGCAGUUUGUUUGAGUUGAAUGGUAACUGGAGAUGUCUUUAGCUAUAAAACGAACAAACAAAAACACCCUUUUUUUCAAGAUUUGUUCUUUUUUCUUUCAAAGUGCACCUUAUUCCCCACCUGCUCUUCGGCUGACCUUUAUUUAUCAACGGGCUCAAUGUCACUUUGUUUAAAAUCAAACGCUACAGCCAAAGUCAGGCUCUGUUCAACCACAUAAGGACUUCCUCUUCACCGGUGAUGCAAAGUCAGAAUUGCGGGGAGUACCGAUGUAUGUGUGCUUUCCUGACAUGGGUUGGAAAAACUAAUCUUGUUAAUAAUAAUUAACUUAUUUGUCCAUAUGUAGUGAAAUUGUACAGAUUCGUUUCAUUUUAAUCAAUCAUAGGAAAGAAAACACCCGUUUGUUUCACCAGCCUAACCCCCUAACAACUGUCAAAGAAAUAAAAGCAAUCAGAUUUCCAGUGCAGUCGGGACUGCCCCAUGAGCUCGCCGACUUGUCUUGUUUUUCCAGCCAGAUGCUUGCUCUGUGUACUGAAUCAUCCAGUGAUGCGAUCGCAACCCAGUAAGUCCCUUUAACCCUGUACCAGCAUUAGGAACGGUAGUAAUAAUAACAAGGGCAGCCGCCCAGUGUUCACUGAUGACCUAGAACGCAGCGGGGAUGCUAAGUGGGUCCAUUCAGGGGUGGGUCCGUUCAGUCCUCACAACGAUGUGUGCAAAACAGGUACUUUUUAACCUCAUUUUACAGACAAGGAAGGCAAGUCACUUCCCAAUACUGAACUCUUGACUAUUCAUUGUCCUUUUAACAUCCUUCUUGACAAGUAAGGAAACUGAGACCUAAGGAAGCUCAAGAAAACAGGCCACACCCCCGGUCAGGCAGGGCCAUGGUGGCCCCCUUGGUGCAUUAUUCUUACCUCAGGCGAGCUCUCCUUGCCUUCGCUGCUCUCUCUUCUUGCAACCUGACCGCAGUUCAUAGAGCUUCCUUCCACUCCCUGGAAGAAAGAGGAGCUUUCCUUCCUCUCAGAAACCACCUGCACACAUUCUGCCGCUCGGAGGGAGGUGUGGGGACCCGGGACAGGAACACUGCUGGAGGGACACCUCUCACCGGGCCUUCCUGGGCUCAGCCACAAACUUGAGGAAGUGCCUUUCGCAGGGCCAGCUUAACCCCCGGGGUGCCCCUCCACGAGAGGGUCACAGCCCCCAAAUGUUUGGGCCCAGAAUCCAAGAGUCGGGUAGAGAAUGGCAUGGGUUUUUCAAAAUUUAUUUAUUUGACAGAGCACAACCAGGGGGAGCGGCAAGCAGAGGGAGAGGGAGAAGCAAUCUCCCUGCAGAGCAAGGAGCAAGGAGCCGGAUGCAGGCCUCCAUCCCAGAUCCCCCAGGAUCAUGACCUGAGCCAAAGGGAGGUGCUUAACCCACUGAGCCACCCAGGUGCCCUGAGAAUGGCCUUUUAACAAAUCUCACCUGUGCCCUAACUACCUGAGUGAGCAGAAGCCAUUUUUUUUUUAACAUGGGGAGAAUGUUCUCACGUAAUUAAAUUUUCCUUUCCCCACCGGCCAGACAUCCUUGCAAUUGUAAGAAAGAAAAGGAAAGAAAAAAGAAAAAAAAGAAAAGAAAAGAAAAGAAAA